AUGUUCUUGAUGAACAGAUUCUUCGACGGGUUGUUCUUCACCUACGGACUGGACGUGAUCAUGUUCGCCGAGUGGGACCAAGAAGACCGUCUGGAUCCCAUGAUCUACGUCUUUCCCCGGAUGACCAAGUGCAGUUUCCGCAUGUUUGGCCGAUCCGGGGAAGUGGAGCAGCACGACUCACUCUGCAUCCUUCCGCUCAACAUAGUCAACGAGAAGAUCUACAUCUUCCUCUGGUUCUGGUUCCUCAUGUUGGGCUUGCUCAGUUUCGGCGUCGUCGUGUAUCGACUCGUCAUCAUCCUGAGUCCCCGCAUGCGGGCCUACUUGCUGAGCCUCAGGUUCCGACUCAUCAACAGAGAGGUCGUUCACACGCUGGUGCGGAAAAGCAAGAUGGGCGACUGGUUCUUGUUCUACAUGUUGGGCCAGAACAUCGACACGCUGAUUUUCAGGGACAUCAUGCACGACCUGGCCAAGCGCAUCGGGCAUCCCAGCAGCGGUUCCAAGGAAUACGGAGAGCCUUGA